AUGGGUGGUGAAUGGAGGUUCGGCGAGGUUGGAGCCGAAGAUGGAGAGCUUGGAGGCUGGACUCGCAGCCGUUGGAGGAUGGAAAGCUUGGAGGUCGGCGAGUGCAACUCGCAGCGCCUUUGCUGCUGCUGGGUGGAGGAAAACGAAAUUGAAAUUGGGGAUUGCUGCCUUGCUGGGAUGGACGACAGUGUUUUGAGUUUUGAUAUUAGGACAAAUAAUUAA